UUUUGGCCGAACUCACGAUUAAACUUCGCACAUGGUGCUUGCGGGUGGCCGGGUGUGAAAUCGACCUCUGCGUGUGACAGGGGGGCGAUCUCGAGUUAGACUAGUUGCUGCUGGAGGAUACCGACCUGCAAGGCUGCCUUUGAGGUUGCUUAACUCAUGACAGCAAGAGGUUUGUGCGCUUAGGCGGUACUCGCGAAGCUCCAGCCAGGGCUUUUUGAAAAUGUAUCAGGGGAGGCGUCGGUCCGAAGUCAGUUGAUGGUUAGAAAUAGUGGGUGUCAUUUUAGACUUAGCGGAAGUGGAGGACUUGAAAGCUUCAUGCAGUUCUCCCAUCAGUUGUGAAAGUGUCGUUAUACUGCGGAUCUCGCAGCUUGUGUGGUUCUGGGAUCAGAAGGUCAUGAAACGAGUGCGCACCGAGCAGAUUCAGAUGGCAGUGUCCUGCUACCUCAAACGCCGGCAGUACGUGGACUCCGAUGGUCCCCUAAAGCAAGGACUGCGGCUGUCACAGACUGCCGAGGAGAUGGCAGCCAACCUCACAGUCCAAUCCGAAUCCGGUUGUGCCAACAUCGUGUCCGCAGCCCCUUGCCAGGCAGAGCCCCAGCAAUAUGAAGUACAGUUUGGACGACUACGGAAUUUUCUCACUGAUUCUGAUUCCCAGCAUAGCCACGAAGUGAUGCCUCUCCUCUAUCCUCUCUUUGUCUACCUCCAUCUCAACCUGGUCCAGAACAGUCCUAAGAGCACAGUGGAAAGUUUUUACAGCCGCUUCCAUGGGAUGUUUCUGCAGAACGCUAGCCAGAAGGAUGUCAUUGAGCAGCUACAGACCACUCAAACCAUCCAGGACAUCCUGUCUAACUUCAAGCUUCGAGCAUUCCUAGAUAACAAGUACGUGGUCCGUCUCCAGGAAGACAGCUACAACUACCUUAUCCGCUACCUCCAAAGUGACAACAACACCGCCCUGUGCAAAGUCCUCACCUUGCAUAUCCAUCUUGACGUGCAGCCUGCCAAGAGAACAGAUUACCAGCUCUAUGCCAGCGGCGGCUCCUCCCGGAGCGAGGGCAACGGCUUAGAGCCCGCCGACAUGCCCGCCCCUAUCCUGCAGAACGAGGCUGCCCUGGAGGUCUUGCAGGAGAGCAUUAAGCGCGUCAAGGAUGGCCCUCCCUCCCUCACUACCAUCUGUUUCUAUGCCUUCUAUAACACAGAGCAGCUGUUGAACACUGCGGAAAUCUCCCCAGACAGCAAGCUGCUUGCUGCGGGGUUUGACAACUCCUGUAUAAAACUGUGGAGUUUACGAGCCAGGAAGUUAAAGUCAGAACCCCAUCAAGUAGACGUGUCCCGCAUCCACUUGGCUUGUGACAUUCUGGAGGAGGAGGAUGAUGAGGAUGAUAAUGCGGGCACAGAGAUGAAGAUACUACGGGGACACUGUGGACCAGUAUACAGCACAAGGUUCCUCGCAGACAGCUCAGGGUUGCUCUCUUGUUCUGAAGACAUGUCCAUUAGGUACUGGGACCUCGGGAGUUUCACCAACACUGUGUUAUACCAAGGACAUGCCUACCCUGUGUGGGACCUGGACAUUAGCCCAUAUAGCCUGUACUUUGCCAGCGGGUCCCAUGACCGCACCGCGAGGCUGUGGUCAUUUGAUCGGACGUACCCGCUGAGGAUAUAUGCCGGGCACCUGGCAGAUGUGGACUGUGUCAAAUUCCACCCUAAUUCGAACUACUUAGCCACAGGCUCGACCGACAAGACUGUCCGGCUGUGGAGUGCCCAACAGGGGAACUCGGUGAGGCUCUUCACCGGCCACCGCGGCCCCGUGCUCUCUCUCGCCUUUUCUCCCAACGGUAAGUACUUGGCAUCGGCCGGCGAGGACCAGCGGCUGAAGCUGUGGGACUUGGCCUCUGGGACCCUUUAUAAAGAACUGAGGGGCCAUACGGACAACAUCACCAGCCUCACCUUCAGUCCGGACAGUAGUCUGAUCGCCUCUGCAUCCAUGGACAACUCGGUACGCGUCUGGGACAUUAGGAACACGUACUGCAGCGCCCCAGCCGACGGCUCCUCUGGCGAACUCGUGGGCGUGUACACCGGGCAGAUGAGCAAUGUACUGAGCGUGCAGUUCAUGGCCUGCAACCUUCUUCUGGUGACUGGAAUCACACAAGAAAAUCAGGAACAUUAAUUUCUUUCUUCCUUUUUUUUUUUUUUUUUUUUUUUUAAUCUUUGUU